AUACUGAAUGUGCGCAGGUUUCUCCUGUACAAGAACCUGAAUGUAAGUUUUCUGUGCAAAUUCCAGCAACAAAAGCCUAAACAAGGUCAGCGGUUUCAGGCCGGCAGCAAUCCGCAGUUCAUGAAGAAGUAACAUUAUUUUUGACUGACAGGAAUAACAUGCCUCAGUGAAGAAGGGUAAAACUGAAUAGCACACAGGUGUAAUCAUAACCCUGUCAACCCCAUCCUUCAACUAUGGCAGCAGUCAUGAGGACCUCCGUUCAUCAUAAAGAACUGUCGCAUCUUCUGCAACUCUGCCGCAUCACAAGGUGCUGUGUCAAUCAACGGAAUCUCCAACUUGCCUCUUUCAGCUCUAGCCAUCAUGGAAAACCCAAAAGCCUUGUUAACCCUUCUGGAAAGGACACGCAGAAAAACAGUACAAUACACUCGCACUGCGAGUCGCAUUCACAACCUACUUUCAAGUCAAUUCUAUCUGAGCAAAUUUUAAAAGUAAACAGUUAUAAAUCUAGACGGAUGGGCUCACCUUUCCUGGGAUGUGCAGCUGUUGAAACUAAUUUGGAUAGUAGGAGGACAUUUCCCUUUUGUCUGUCGUUAACUGAUGGCAUUUGUCGAACUCAGUCAGUGAGGUGCUUUCAUACGAGUGAUGAAGAAUGGGCCGGCCAUAACAAGUGGUCCAAAGUGAGGCAUAUUAAGGGACCCAAAGAUGAAUUACGGAGCCUCCAGAUCAAUAAGAUUGUUCUUCAAAUGAGAAUUGCUAUCAGGGAGGGUGGAGCAAAUCCAGAGCUCAACUCUGUGCUGGGAAGUCUUGUAACCAAGGCAAAAGCAAUUCCGAUGCCCAAAGCAACUAUAGAAGCUGUCCUUAAAAAUGCGACAAAGAAAGGCGGCGCAGAUGACGCAGACAUCCAACUUCUCUUAGAGGCUCGAGGACCAGGUCAGUGCUGUCUGCUGAUGGAUGUAUUGACAGAUAAUGCAAGGAGAUCCAGAUCAGAACUUCAAAGACUGCUUCAGAAGAAUGGAGGAGACUUUGGUACAACCCUGUAUGCCUUCAAUCGAAAGGGGGUUGUUAGAGUGGUACCCCAGCUAGAAGGUCAGGAGAGUCCACUGACCCUUGACCUUGCCACAGAGGUCGCCAUCGAGGUCGGGGCAGAAGAUGUUCAAGAGACGGCUAAUGAAGAUGAUGAGGCACUCUUCAUGUUUGUGUGUGAUAUGAAGGAUCUACGGGUAGUGCGCAACAAUCUAGCAUCGUUAAACUACACCAUUGAGUCUUCAUCAUUAGAGUACCUAUCAGACACCACAACUACAUUGAAUGAUACAAACUUACAAAGUGCCUUUGAACUUGUGUCACACUUGAAUAAUCAUCCAAAUGUAGUCAAAGUGUAUGACAAUAUAGAAGGUACAGUUUAAUCAGUGGUCCAUAAGAAACACACAUCCUGUGUUUCAAGCUCUCUGCAGGGCAAAUUUCAUAGCUCUGCUUAUUGCUUAGUUCUGCUUACAAUCACCUUUCAGCUUUCUUCACUUGCAAGACAAGCGCCAAAUUUCUGCGACUGUGUAAGCAUAUAAUGCCUAGAAAUUUUUUUCUGCUAACCCUUGAAAUAUGCUGGACGUAAGCACAGAAUUCCCUGCUUCUGCAAUACGAUAAGCAGAGCAAUUCAUACAGCUGGUGUCUUGGUAAUAUUUGCCGAGCAGAUUAUUUUAAAGCAGUUUUUUCGGCUUAAGCAGCUCUAUGAAACUGGGCACUGGUUUAGAGUGAAACACUUGAGUUGAGGUUCAUUUCAUUUUUGAAAGAUAUACAAUUUUAUUGAAUGAAUGGUGCUGAAAUAUUUUAAUACAUGUUAAAACUCUUAAAGUUUAAAAAGUGAAAAAGAUACUGUACAAAAAAAGUAGAGCUUUGUGAAAAAAAACAUACCAAUUCCUAUUCAAUUCAUUCACCACAUUAAAGGAACACGUUGCCUUGGAUCGGUCGAGUUGGUCUUUGAAAAGCGUUUGUUAUAAUAUGCAUUUGGG